AUGCAUGAUGAUAAAAUAGCUGAAAAAUAUCUGAAUUUAGCCAGGGACUGCUUUCUAUUAGCUUUAGCAAAAGAGCAGAACGAUUAUGAAACGAUGAAAAUUUAUGAUCAAUUGAGCGUUGUGUUUCAACUUAAAAUGAAACCGAUGGUGAUCGAUAAUGAAGGUAUAUACGAAAACUCGGCAGAAAAAAUCGAAACGGUAUCAAUGGCUGCAAAAUAUAAAGAAUUAUAUAUUGAGUAUAUGAUGAGAUUCUAUCCGCCAAAUUAUAUUGAAAUUGGGCAGACGCACGAGUAUUUAGCGGGUUUGUAUAAAUCAAUCGGUAAAUAUGAUAAUGCAUCGACCAAUUAUGAAAAAGCAUUCCGUAUUUUUCUACAAAAUCCUCAUGUUUCCCCUGCUGAUAUGCAGAGUCUUGUGGAAGAGAUGGUUUCCUUCCAUAGUGAUGAACGAUUGGACUAUCAAACAGCUCUUUCCUAUCAAUUGAUGCACCAUGAAUAUAUAAAAAGAGCAUCAACUAUAUCGAAAUUACGUGAUGUUAAUUGCCAAAAACAGACCGCAGCAGACAGUCAUGUUCAACUGGCUGAUCUUUAUUCUUCAUUGGAUCAGGUGCCUUUGGCAGUAGACAAUUUAACAGCGGCAAUGAAUUUAUAUGCUCAGAUCGAGGAAAAUAUGGCAGACUAUUUUCGUAAACAAGAAAAUUUGGAAUCAAUAAUAGAAAAAAUAACUAAAUUAGCGAACGAUUCAUGUGACGAACAUGAGAAUAAACGAAUGAAGAAAGACAACCACUGA